CCGAGUCGAGCUUCAUCGCGUCGCUCAAGCAGCGCAGCGUUGUGCCCGAGGAACGCACGGUAAGGAUAUCCGGUGAAAUUAAACUGGUGCGGACACUCUCGCAGCUGGUCGGCUCCGAGCACAGCUUCAUCGAGGAAGAAGGCGCCCAGGGAGAGGAGGCGGGCGAAGCCCCAGUGGAGACGCAGGUGGGAGACACGCUGUCCUACAUGGACUUUCCCAGCACUAUCGGCACCGACACCAAGCUGGACGCCGAGCUCAGGCAUCCGGUACGCAGCGCCGAGACCGUGGGCGAGGGCAAGACAGAGGACGCUCUGGUUGUAACGAGGCUCCAAGGAGAAGCGACCGUCGCUCCGACGACCAUGGAAUCAAGUGUAGGUGAGCCCCAAAUUGCAAAAGCAGUUUCCGAUUUAGAGCGCGACAAAAAACCCGUGCUCGCUAGCGCCGACGAGGUCACGGUGUAUACGUCGUUCUCCGAUUCGUCUGCGCCCAAGCAGGAACCAGAGCUAGCCAAGUUGCCUUUCCCGAGCGAAGGCGCCGAAGAAGAGAUGGUCAGACUCGCUGCCCCCGGCACCUCCCGGCAGGAUGUCAUCAAAUCCGUGGAGGAGGCGCAUAGACCGCUGCCCUUCAAGACUCCCGAAGAAACAACCGCUGGUUCUGAAGUCGAGGACACCCUCGUCGAAAGAGCAGGACUCCAUAAGCAAGUCGAGGAGUUGUCAUCGAAGGCACUGACGCACGCUGAGACUGUCGAGCCUCGCGGAGACUGGGAAGGGCCCGCCGGGCAAAAGCCUGAAGCGGACACGGUGCUCACUAAGCAGCCUCCGAAGAGGCGCGUCAGCACGCAGGUGUCUGAAAGCCAGGCAUCAGAGUGGCGCAUCGUUGAACGCCCUGUGCCGUUUGGGAGCGAGAACCAACAAGUACGAACGAGGGACGAUCAGGCUUUGCGGGCGACCGAAGACCACAUUACAGUGGUUGGGCCGACAAUUGCAGAGAUCCUAAUAGAAGCUGAGGUAUCGGUCAAAUCUGCGGGGGAAGAACUUCCGGCCGCGAAAGAACGACAUGCCGCUCAAGAAUACGAAAGCCGACAACUAGCUGAACCUUUGCCAACGUAUGUCGCACCGAGACAAGCUCCAGAAAUAGAAGUAACGAUUGCGGAAAUGGAAACAGCAGCUACCGAAGCAAAGACAGCUGAAGUAGCGAAGAGAGAAGAACCAUUGCCUCCUACAGUCCCUGAGCCUCGCGAACCCUACAUCGAAUCAUUUGCUCCUCAGGCACCUCUUACGGAAGCUCAAGAGUUAACACAACGACUUUCAGAGCAAAACGUGCUGCUCCGUAAGGCCGGGGUAGAGGAAAAAGUGUCAGAGAAAGAAGCAAUACCACAGGCAGACACUGCCCUGCCAGUUCGCCGCCGUUCUUCAGUCCUGCCUCUAACAGAAUCGACUGCACCAGGGUAUCGCAGAAAGUCGUCAGAUAUAGAGGCCGGAGAGGGCGCUCAAAAAGAGCCAUCAUACAUAGAAACCUCGCCAGCUCUCGAGUCCUUCCAACAAGAAGCCCUACCAAUUCCUUCUUACGAAGAGACUACGCCGUACAUAGAAUCGUUUGCCCCUGAAGCUCUUCUUGAAGCAGAUCAGGAAUUGAAGCGAAAACGUUCAGAAGCUAAUGUGGUCUACCACGAAGCCGGGGCUCAAGAAAAGAUUACUAAGGCCGAACCACCACCUCCUUCACUCACCACAUUGAAAGCGAGACGCCAUUCCUCAAUCACGCCACCAACAGCUGCGCUUGUGCCAGGGUACCGCAGAAAAUCUUCGGCUAGAGAAGCAGCAGAAGCCGCUAAAAAAGAACCAUCUUACAUCGAAACCUCGCCAGCUCUCGAGUCCUUCCCACAAGAAGCCCCACCCAUUCCUUCUUACAAAGAAACUACACCCUACAUCGAAUCAUUUGCUCCUCAGGCACUUCUUACGGAAGCAGACACUGCAAUGCCAGUUCGCCGCCAUUCUUCAGUCCUGCCUCUAACACAAUGGAUUGUACCAGGAUAUCGCAGAAAAUCGUCAGAUAUACAGGCCGGAGAGGCCGCUCAAAAAGAGCCAUCGUACAUAGAAACCUCGCCAGCUCUCGAGUCCUUCCCACAAGAAGCCCCACCCAUUCCUUCUUACGAAGAGACUACGCCCUACAUAGAAUCUUUUGCUCCUGAAGCUCUUCUUAAAGCAGAUCAGGAAUUGAAGCGAAAACGUUCAGAAGCUAAAGUGGUCCACCACGAAGUCGGGGGUGAAAAAGAGAUUACAAAGGUCGAACCACGGCCUCCUUCACUCGCCACAUUGAAAGCAAGGCGCCAUUCCUCAAUCACGCCUCCAACAGCUGCGCUUGUGCCAGGGUACCGCAGAAGAUCUUCGGCUAGAGAAGCAGCAGAAGCCGCUAAAGAAGAACCAUCUUACAUCGAAACCUCGCCAGCUCUCGAGUCCUUCCCACAAGAAGCCCCACCCAUUCCUUCUUACGAAGAGACUACGCCGUACAUAGAAUCGUUUGCUCCUGAAGCUCUUUUUAAAGCAGAUCAGGAAUUGAAGCGAAAAGGUUCAGAAGCUGAAGUGGUCCACCACGAAGUCGGGGCUGAAAAAGAGAUUCCAAAGGUCGAACCACGGCCUCCUUCAGUCGCCACAUUGAAAGCAAGGCGCCAUUCCUCAAUCACGCCUCCAACAGCUGCGCUUGUGCCAGGGUACCGCAGAAGAUCUUCGGCUAGAGAAGCAGCAGAAGCCGCUAAAGAAGAACCAUCUUACAUCGAAACCUCGCCAGCUCUCGAGUCCUUCCCACAAGAAGCCCCACCCAUUCCUUCUUACGAAGAGACUACGCCGUACAUAGAAUCGUUUGCUCCUGAAGCUCUUUUUAAAGCAGAUCAGGAAUUGAAGCGAAAAGGUUCAGAAGCUGAAGUGGUCCACCACGAAGUCGGGGCUGAAAAAGAGAUUCCAAAGGUCGAACCACGGCCUCCUUCACUCGCCACAUUGAAAGCAAGGCGCCAUUCCUCAAUCACGCCUCCAACAGCUGCGCUUGUGCCAGGGUACCGCAGAAGAUCUUCGGCUAGAGAAGCAGCAGAAGCCGCUAAAGAAGAACCAUCAUACAUCGAAACCACGCCAGCUCUCGAGUCCUUCCCACAAGAAGCCCCACCCAUUCCUUCUUACAAAGAAACUACACCCUACAUCGAAUCAUUUGCUCCUCAGGCACUUCUUACGGAAGCAGACACCGCAAUGCCAGUUCGCCGCCGUUCUUCAGUCCUGCCUCUAACAGAAUGGAUUGUACCAGAAUAUCACAGAAAAUCGUCAGAUGUAGAGGCCAGAGAGGCCGCUCAAAAAGAGCCAUCGUACAUAGAAACCUCGCCAGCUCUCGAGUCCUUCCCACAAGAAGCCCCACCCAUUCCUUCUUACGAAGAGACUACGCCCUACAUAGAAUCUUUUGCUCCUGAAGCUCUUCUUAAAGCAGAUCAGGAAUUGAAGCGAAAAGGUUCAGAAGCUGAAGUGGUCCACCACGAAGUCGGGGCUGGAAAAGAGAUUACAAAGGUCGAACCACGGCCUCCUUCACUCGCCACAUUGAAAGCAAGGCGCCAUUCCUCAAUCACGCCUCCAACAGCUGCGCUUGUGCCAGGGUACCGCAGAAGAUCUUCGGCUAGAGAAGCAGCAGAAGCCGCUAAAGAAGAACCAUCUUACAUCGAAACCUCGCCAGCUCUCGAGUCCUUCCCACAAGAAGCCCCACCCAUUCCUUCUUACGAAGAGACUACGCCGUACAUAGAAUCGUUUGCUCCUGAAGCUCUUCUUAAAGCAGAUCAGGAAUUGAAGCGAAAAGGUUCAGAAGCUGAAGUGGUCCACCACGAAGUCGGGGCUGAAAAAGAGAUUACAAAGGUCGAACCACGGCCUCCUUCACUCGCCACAUUGAAAGCAAGGCGCCAUUCCUCAAUCACGCCUCCAACAGCUGCGCUUGUGCCAGGGUACCGCAGAAGAUCUUCGGCUAGAGAAGCAGCAGAAGCCGCUAAAAAAGAACCAUCUUACAUCGAAACCUCGCCAGCUCUCGAGUCCUUCCCACAAGAAGCCCCACCCAUUCCUUCUUACGAAGAGACUACGCCGUACAUAGAAUCGUUUGCUCCUGAAGCUCUUUUUAAAGCAGAUCAGGAAUUGAAGCGAAAACUCUCAGAAGGUAAAGUGGUCCACUACGAAGUCGGGGCGGAAAAAGAGAUUACUAAGGCCGAACCACCACCUCCUUCACUCACCACAUUGAAAGCGAGACGCCGUUCUUCAAUCAUGCCUCCGACAGCUGCGGUUGUGCCAGGGUACCGCAGGAGAUCUUCAGCCAGAGAAGCAGCAGAAGCCGCAAAAAAAGAACCAACAUACAUCGAAACCACGCCAAUCCUCCAGUCGUACCCACAAGAAGCUCCGCCUACAACUUCCUACGCGGAGACGACACCUUACAUUGAAUCGUUCCCGCCUGCGUCUUCCGUGGUCGACGCUAAAGCGCUUGGACCCCCCGUACCUGUGGAGAAAAGGCCUGCACUUGACCUGCGCAAGGUGUCUUCUGACGUUCAGGAGUGGGCUUUGAUGGAGUUAAGACCCCCGACUGGCACCGAAAUCACUGAAAAAAAAGAAACGCGGCUCGCAGUUGUUGAUCGCGGGGAGGCUGAAGGGCGUGUUUUGCCGGCCUUCAAAAUGGGAGAAUCGGCGGAAGGGUCUUUGAUUGCUCUCUCUACGUCUGCUGAGGAGAAGCCCUUCGCGGGUGGCUUAUUUUCGCACGUUUCAAUGCCGACUUCUCGCAAGCGGUCGCGACAAGUGAGCGAUGUUACGGGCCUGAAGCGCUCAGAGGGGGCCGCGAUGCAGGAAGGAGAGGAAAUCACAGUAACUGUUCGCGAUUACGAAGCUGAUCACGAAGAGCAGCCAUCAAGUGUGGGAACACAGUCUUCACAAGAAGAAGAAGAGCUCGAGAAGAGCGUGAGGAAAGAGAAGUUGGCACUGGCUCUGUAUGACGAGAAGGUGCCCACUGUUGUGCUGGAGGCGAAGAAACACGCAGAAAUGCUUGCGCCAGAAGAAGCACGUCUCAAGCCUGUGCCUCUGAAGCCGGAAGUGAAGGAAUCACAACCGUUUGCACCCGUGCCGGAGGAUGCGUCGUCCUUGGUCGAACUUGCACAGCCGCUCGUCAUCAGGCCAGAAUCUGCGAUGGUUCGAGCAGAGCAGCCGGUUUUGGCAGAUGAGCUUUUGCCAACUGCUGAGGAGGUCGUGCCUGUAGAAAGAGCUGUAGAAGAAUGGAAACCUGCAUCAGUCGUCGCCAUGAAGCCUGAGCCAGUCGAGUUGUCCGAAGGUGUUGCACGUCCUGUCGCUGAAGAAAUACCAAGGAUUCCUAGCGAAGUCGCUGAAGUCGGAGAGUUACAAGAAGAAAAGCCCAAGUUUGCGCCCAUAUCGAAACCGCCAGAGUCUGACGCCGAGCGCCCAGAACAAGACGUUUACGUGACUGUGCUCACUCCUAAACAUGAUGAACCCCUCAGAGUUCUUGCGGGGAUGCCUGUCAUCACAGAACCUACGAAAUUACCUCCUGUUGCUACGACAGAGCGAACGCAUCACAUUUCGGCACCGUGGUCAACUAGGUCGAGCGUAGCUGCCGCGGAAGAGGCUGCCAGAGGCCGUGCGGCCUGGGAGCAGGAGCUCACCAGGGCAGGUGGUACCGACCGCCGAAUCGAGCGUCUGCACGAAAAGAAGACUGCAAAAUACUCGGUCAUUAUAAAGGAUGGGCAGCCGGUGAGAAGCAUCUCCAGUUCGUUGGAGUGCACAGAACCUGUAAAAGAAGACUUCCCGGAUAGUCUGUCCUAUCAAUACGUGGCUAGCGAGGAACAGGUACUGGAGAGGAUCGUGACAGUUGACAGUACCGAGUCUAUCUCUGUGCCGGCUCAUCCGCCCUCGGACAAGCAGCCUCCCGGACCUGGUACACAGGGUGAUGCAUCAUCAGCCCAUACAGCACCACCAGGACCAGAGCGGUUUCAGCCCAAACAAAGAGAAGAGCCACGCAGCGAAGGGCCCACGUCCGAAUCAGAAUUUAAACCGGAAGAAGCGGCGCCAUCCACGAACGCUCCCGAGGAAAUGGUGGCGGCAUCAGUUCAAGCGGCGGUACAGGAGCAAAAAGAGGGGUCAUCUUUCGAAAUAGGUAUUCCAAUCGACGAGCAGACGGAGUUUCCUACGAUGAAAGAAGACUUAGAGAAGGAAGACCAGCAGCUCGAGGAAACGACGAGUGACGCCGGUUUUGAAGAGUUUUCUGCUGCACGCCACGUAGAAAAGGUCCCCAAAGCCAGGCCAAGUACUGUGGAGUCUUCGACAGCUUUGGAAAGUGGCGAGCAACCAUUAGCACUUGAAUAUCUUCCUGUACAGAUAGACACACACGUAUCCACGACCCCUGCACCUUCUCGAAUGCCUCUGUUAGCCCAGCUUGUUAAGGCGAAAGACGAGGCAACAUUUGAGCCUGAAGAAGAUGUACUAACGACAAAGACUUUCGAAAAAGAUUAUAUGAUCACCGUGGCGAGUCAGCGCUCUGACCAAGAAGCAACUCGUCCAUUGACUGCAGCAUCAAAGAAGGUCGCUUUUGGUACGACGGAACUGGAGCAGCUACAAUCUGACCCCGAGCUACCUCAGAUAGAACACACUCUUUCACGGACAGCUGUAGUUGAAGAAAAACCAAACCUAGAUACUGAGCUGACUGCACCGGGUGUAUUACCUCAGCAGAAAGUAAAGGACGAAAUAGGCCACGAGGAAGCUGCUGGUCAGACCGAGAUAAACGAAGCCACCGUACCGGAAAGUGAUGGCCAUCAGUUCACUCUCACUGAGCACGUCGAGCCAACGUGCCCUCCACAACCAGAGAUAGCAGUUAAAGAGGAAAUACCGGCGCUAGAAGCAUUACCUGAAAGUGACCAACCACAGGUUCAAGUAUCUGCGCAAGCGAAGCCUCUUGCCGAAGCUCCGUUAUAUGUUCACCCGGCGUUAACGGAGCCUCAAAAACUUGCAGCGUUGGAUGAAACAACCGCUAUAGUUGAAGUUAGGCCAAGGGGUUUAGAGCCUACAAAAGACAGGCCGCAGGUUGACUAUCACGCCCCAGUCCAGGCAACAAAAGGAGAACGGAAGGAGCUGCGACCAAUGAUUGCGGAAAGCGUAGAAUUCAAAAUACACCAACCAGACAAGCUAGCACUUCCCGAAGUCGUUGAGAAGUCAUCUCAAGACUCGGUUCCUCGAACGGCACAGAAACAGAUAAGUGAAGCGCCGAGUAUAUAUGACGCAGACGUAGAAGCGAAGAAACAGCAAACUGCAUUAAUGCUUUCCAUCGAAGCCCCAGGUGGAGUUAGAGCAAGCCUGUCUCAAACAGAACCUCCUGUAAAAGAAGUCCCUACGGUGGCAGCCGAAGAGCAGGUGGGAUUCUCUGCGCCGAAAGAGACGGAAGUGGCGAUCGGAGAAGCGCUUACAGAGCCAACUGCUCGACCAGCCGUCACAGGACCUGUCGAAGAACCAAAAGCCGAGGUUACUUCUGAGGCUGCCCCAUCCAUGCAGCGCGUACCUGGGGCACCGGCCGCGGUUACUACCGGCACUCUCGUACCGAGAAUCGAAACUGCGCUAGACGUUCAUGCUACACAGGGCGUCGACCUAACGCCCAUUAAAAGCGAGCACUGGCCAGUCGAGGCGAUGAUAGCGAGACCUCCCUUGGAGCCCGGGAGAGCACUGGCAGGAGCUGCUCAAGUUAAGGAAGAAGUCACUGCUGAAGACUAUGUGCAUACAACACCGCCUCCUGCAGCUGUCCUUCCGACAAAAGUCCCACAGGAAGAAGAGGGCGCCGAACUAUGUGAAGCACCUAAAGGAGUCGCCGUGACGCCCAUGAUUCCCGAAGCUGCACGGCUUCUAGAACCGGAUACUGCAACACAAGCGACAAAACAAGCGACAGAAGGCACACCAUUGUCACAUGCACCAGCCGAAACUGCAGUCGUUGAGGGGACCAAGCGUAAAUAUCUCGAGCAUACUGGGGCAAGGCUCGCUAUCGAGCACCUCACUCCGGAAGCCGGCACAAAGGAAGUGAAGCUAGCGACCGCCGGCGUUACGGCUGUCAAGGAAGAAAUAACGACACACCAAGUUGCGGAAAAAGCGGCGCAAGCUCUCGUAGAAGUCGAAAUGCCUGAUGCAUUAGUAGUGGCGACUGACAAAUGGUUGGAAUCUGUCGUUCCAGUUAGUGAAGAGCAAGUGAUUGAAAUCCCCGACGCUCUGUCUGAUGUCGCGCCCGCAAGUACAGGAACAGUCCAAUCGGUUACCCAUGAAACCAAGCUCGAAAAGUUCCAGCAAUCGACGACCGCUAAAACACCGGAAAAGGAACCUGCGCAACUACCCAAGCAACAGAUCACCGAAAUGCUCCAGAUUUCGACGGAAGAUCAACUAAGAAUGAAGCCAAGCCAGGACGCAACUGCAGUCACAGAAUCAAGAACAAUGUCACAGACCGAACGAGCACAGAGGCAGCAAACCUUACAAGCCUUCGAAGUACCCAGCAUAGAAGUAAGGUCAGCGGGAGACUUCAGCUCUGAAGGUACAGCAGUUCUUGUUGACGUCGAGGACGUGGACGAAGAGCACGAAUAUCAUGAGGAAGUGCGAGAAAAGCGCUCGACUUCCAUCGCAUCGAUGCUGAGAGAGUCGCCAGCAACUAUAAUGGCACAGUUAAACGUCGCUUCGUCAAAGCCAGAAUCGCCGGCCGAAAGAAAGGGCGAAGCAGUGCUGGAGCCCAGAUUUCACACCCCGCAUUCGGAAGAGGAACUUGACAAAACCAUGAUCGCAGGUGCCAUCACGGAUCUAUCUAUAGUACCAGAAGAAAUUACCAAAUCUCUUACAGAUUUCACAGAAUCAACCAACAUAGGACCGCUUCCAGCGUUACGUCAAGCCAGUGCCCCAGAUCUUCAAAGCUUCCAAGAAAAAGAGCCGGAAGCAACAGCACUCAAAGCGCUUGAUCAAAUCGGGGAAUUAUCUAUUGCUAAUGCGGUCGUUGAAAAACCACUUCCGACAAACCUUGCAGAAAAGCCGUCAACAAUCGAACACGUUGCAAAGAAAGUCUCAGAGUCACAUUCCGAUGACGCCAUUCUAACCUCCACGCCUUCCUCGUACGUCGAAACUACACCAUACAUGGCGGCUUAUCCGGUGGAACCGGCUCCAAUUGUAGUGCGACCAGAAGUGGCUGGUUUGCUGCAGGAACAUAUCGUUCUGAAAAAACUACCUCAGGUUGAGAUCCCGCAGUCUAUUAUAACGACGGCCGCUGGUCAAGAUGAGAAGGAAACCAAACCAGCAGUACUCGAAAGUACUGGUGAAAUCGUGGAAGUGCUCCCUGCAGAAAUCAUCCUUGCUGAGAAGGAACCUGCGCCAGCAGUCGAGCCAGCGCUAAUUGUAGAACGACCGGAAGUGACCGGUUUACAACAGGAAGACAUCGCCGCGAAAGUGCCUCCUGAAGUUGAGGCUCCAGUUUAUCUAACGACAGCUACUGCUGAAGCUGAGAAGGAACCUGCGCCAGCAGUCGAGCCAGCGCUAAUUGUAGAACGACCGGAAGUGGCCGGUGUGCUACAGGAAGACAUCGCCGCGAAAGUGCCUCCUGAAGUUGAGGCUCCAAUUUAUCUAACGACAGCUACUGCUGAAGCUGAGAAGGAACCUGCGCCAGCGGUGGAGUCAGCGCUAAUUGAAGAACGACUGGAAGUGACCGGUUUGCCACAGGAAGACAUCGCCGCGAAAGUGCCUCCUGAAGUUGAGGCUCCAGUUUAUCUAAGGACCGCUACUGCUGAAGCUGAGAAGGAACCUGCGCAAGCAGUCGAGCCAGCGCUAAUUGUAGAACGACCAGAAGUGGCCGGUGUGCUACAGGAAGACAUCGCCGCGAAAGUGCCUCCUGAAGUUGAGGCUCCAAUUUAUCUAACGACAGCUACUGCUGAAGCUGAGAAGGAACCUGCGCCAGCGGUGGAGCCAGCGCUAAUUGUAGAACGACCGGAAGUGACCCGUUUGCCACAGGAAGACAUCGCCGCGAAAGUGCCUCCUGAAGUUGAGGCUCCAGUUUAUCUAACGACAGCUACUGCUGAAGCUGAGAAAGAACAUGCGCCAGCAGUCGAGCCAGCGCUAAUUGUAGAACGACCAGAAGUGGCCGGUUUGCUACAGGAAGACAUCGCCGCGAAAGUGCCUCCUGAAGUUGAGGCUCCAAUUUAUCUAACGACAGCUACUGCUGAAGCUGAGAAGGAACCUACGCCAGCGGUGGAGCCAGCGCUAAUUGAAGAACGACUGGAAGUGACCGGUUUGCCACAGGAAGACAUCGCCGCGAAAGUGCCUCCUGAAGUUGAGGCUCCAGUUUAUCUAAGGACCGCUACUGCUGAAGCUGAGAAGGAACCUGCGCAAGCAGUCGAGCCAGCGCUAAUUGUAGAACGACCGGAAGUGACCCGUUUGCCACAGGAAGACAUCGCCGCGAAAGUGCCUCCUGAAGUUGAGGCUCCAGUUUAUCUAACGACAGCUACUGCUGAAGCUGAGAAAGAACAUGCGCCAGCAGUCGAGCCAGCGCUAAUUGUAGAACGACCGGAAGUGGCCGGUUUGCUACAGGAAUACAUCGCCGCGAAAGUGCCUUUUGAAGUUGAGGCUCCAGUUUAUCUAACGACAGCUACUGCUGAAGCUGAGAAGGAACCUGCGCCAGCAGUCGAGCCAGCGCUAAUUGUAGAACGACCAGAAGUGGCCGGUGUGCUACAGGAAGACAUCGCCGCGAAAGUGCCUCCUCAAGUUGAGGCUCCAAUUUAUCUAAGGACCGCUACUGCUGAAGCUGAGAAGGAACCUGCGCAAGCAGUCGAGCCAGCGCUAAUUGUAGAACGACCGGAAGUGACCGGUUUGCCACAGGAAGACAUCGCCGCGAAAGUGCCUCCUGAAGUUGAGGCUCCAGUUUAUCUAACGACAGCUACUGCUGAAGCUGAGAAAGAACAUGCGCCAGCAGUCGAGCCAGCGCUAAUUGUAGAACGACCGGAAGUGGCCGGUUUGCUGCAGGAAUACAUCGCCGCGAAAGUGCCUUUUGAAGUUGAGGCUCCAGUUUAUCUAACGACAGCUACUGCUGAAGCUGAGAAGGAACCUGCGCCAGCAGUCGAGCCAGCGCUAGUUGUAGAACGACCGGAAGUGGCCGGUGUGCUACAGGAAGACAUCGCCGCGAAAGUGCCUCCUGAAGUUGAGGCUCCAAUUUCUCUAACGACAGCUACUGCUGAAGCUGAGAAGGAACCUGCGCCAGCAGUCGAGCCAGCGCUAAUUGUAGAACGACCAGAAGUGGCCGGUUUGCUACAGGAAGACAUCGCCGCGAAAGUGCCUCCUCAAGUUGAGGCUCCAGUUUAUCUAACGACAGCUACUGCUGAAGCUGAGAAAGAACAUGCGCCAGCAGUCGAGCCAGCGCUAAUUGUAGAACGACCGGAAGUGACCGGUUUACCACAGGAAGACAUCGCCGCGAAAGUGCCUCCUGAAGUUGAGGCUCCAGUUUAUCUAACGACAGCUACUGCUGAAGCUGAGAAGGAACCUGCGCCAUCAGUGGAGCAAGCGCUAAUUGUAGAGCGACCGGAAGUGGCCGCUUUGCUACAGGAAGACAUCGCCGCAAGAGCAUCUGCUGAAGUUAAGGUCCCGCUGUAUCCAUCAACAGCUACUGCUGAAGCUGACAAGGAACCUACGCCAGCAGUCGAGCCAGCUCUAAUUGUAGAGCUACCGGAAGUGGCCGGUUUGCUAAAGGAAGACAUCGCCGCGAAAGCGCUUGCAGAAGCUGAGGCUCCGAUGUACCUAACAACAGCUACUGCUGAAGCUGACAAGGAACCUGAACAAGCAGUGGAGCCAGCGCUAAUUAUAAAGCGACCGGAAGUAGUCGGUUUGCUUCAGAAAGACGUCGCGAAAGCGCCUCCUCUGGUAAAGGUCCCUAUACUUAUGAGGACGGCCACUAGUGAAGGUGAGAGCAAACACGAACCGGCAGUGGAGCCAGCUGCCAUUGUAGGGCGACCAGAAGUGGCGGGCUUGCUUCAGGAAGACAUCGUUGCAAAAGCGCCUCCUCUAGUCCCGGCGUCUGUAAUGACGGCCACUGGUGAAACUGAGAGAAAACACGAACCAGCAGUACCCAAAACAUCUGGUGAAACCAAUGAGGUACUCAUUUCUGAAACGAUCUUGGAGGAACCACUACAGGCGAACGUUCCUGAAAAGCCUCCAGCGAUCGAACACCUAGGAGUGGAAAAUUUAGAACCCCCUUCCGAAGGCGUAAUUGCGCCCACUGCCCCGUCCUCGUACGCCGAGACAACACCUUACGUAGCGGCGUGUCCACUGGAGCCAGCUCCAAUUGUAGCCCGACAAGAAAUGGUUGGACAGUUGCAAGAAAUCCCGGUCUUAAGCAUUGUCGCAGCAGCGGGAGCAGAAGUUCCUGUAGAAGUUGCUACAGAACUGACUAAGAUGAAACCGCUAGCGUUGGACAUUCUAAAACCUCAACAACCUGUCGAAGCACCUCACGCUGCUACACUUGUCGAAGAGUCACUGCCGUCCGAAGUUGCUACGGACUCGCGGUUAGCUAUUGAACAAAGGCUUGCCGAAGAGACUUAUGCUGAGACGGCACCGUUUGUGCGACAGUAUGCCGAAGAAGGCACACUGCCGGUUGUUACUUCUGUAGAUGCUAUGCGACGAGAAUCUUUGACGCGGCAGCUUUCCGAAACAGCUGUUGCGGUUGUUCCUCAAAAAUAUCCUUACUCAGAACUUAUGCCUAGUUUAGAAGCGCACCCAAAAGAGACCCCGUUGGAAAUUAUUUCUCAGCAGUCUCCAGCGCCGUCAGAUGUCUUGCCUGAAAAGCACGAAGUCGUGCCUUUACUUCAAGUCCUGCCAAGAUCGCCGCCUGAUGACGCUGCGCCUGCGACAUUUGCUCCUACAGCGCCUACAGAAAUACUUCCAAUUGAAGCCGAUAUGCUGUGCGCGCGAGACGUCCUCGAUGAAGAACACCUUUGGGGAGUGGUGCAAGAACCAGUGUCGCUAUUGGAGAAGCCCGUAGAAGCAGCUUCGACAUUUUCACAAGUAGGCGCUACUUAUUUAGUUAAAGAAGACCAUGCUGGCGCUACUGCUGAAGUACCACCAGGAAAACCAACGCAAGCUCAGCCUUCUACGGAGAGAGCCCACAAAAUUUCCGAGGGCGAAGUGCUGGUCCUAGGUGAAGUGCCGACUGCGGCUACUCCAGACGUUCUUAGAGCGCCCUGCGCAACAGUUGAGCCUUAUGCAGUUCAGGACCAGGCAGAAGUACAAAUUUAUACCCCUCAAGAGCAGCACACACCGUAUUCAAAGGCUACCACCGCAGCAGUACCUCAAGAAAUUACGAAAGAAACCGCCUCUCUACUCGAACAGACUAUGACUGUCCUGGAACCACUUCCUGAAACUAUUCCACAACCUCCAAAAGCCCCAACGCCAGGUGAAACGCGAGCACAAACUGUUGAAGCAGCUCCCGAAAUUCUGCCCGUUUCAGUGCCUGGAAUACCGGUGGUGCAGGCGCUCACAGAAAUUACUCGUGCAGGAGACGCACAACUGGCGAUUCCCAAGAUCGAGGAAGCUCCAGGCACCAGUGUAGAUCUCCCUUCUGUGGAAACCAUGUCUCUCGUGGAAUUGCACCGACGGGAGCCGGUGGUUCUCGCGGAAGAGCAGGAAUUACGAGAAAAAUCGGUGUCGGCAAGGGCCGAAGAGCCACCCGAAAGGCUUCCGCAAGGGAUCACCACUGUCCCGGCUUUGGAGCCUCAUGCUGGACUCGCGUCACAGCUUUCUCAAGUGGAGCCAACGUCUUUAGCUAUUGCGGGGGCAAAAGAUUCACUAGCCCUUAUGGAACUAGCCGCACCGCACACAGAGCCCUCUGCUGCAAAACCGGAACUGACUGAACAGCCUCAAGAAGCAUUUGUAAAGGAAGAACAAUUGACCUAUUUCCCUUCUACUAAACCCACAACCAGAGCAGCCUCGCUCGAUAUAGCAGAAGCAGCGCUGCAGUCGGCAGUAAAGGUAGUAGAAGAAAAGGUUCGAGAAGCGGCUGAAGCGGCUGAACGCGAGGCAAAGAAAGUCGAGGAGGAAGAAGAAGCAGCGUCAGUUACAGCCGCGCCCGCGCUGCCGAUUGAAGUUGUCAAAUCCGUCAGUGCAACCCCCGGAACUGUACCAACCCAGCCCGUCGGUGACCUAGUGGCCGCAAUUUCUGGUGCAAUCGACGACAUGCGAGCCGAGGCUCCCGGAGUUAGCGAGUCUGAACUGGCCAUAGCCGAAGCACUCAGGGCAUCGAGAGAAGAAGCUCGCGUGCAAGGAAUCGUCGCCGAAGCGGUUCCACCCCAACUCGAGCAACAGGAAGCGGAAUUCGUCUCACUCGAGAGCCUGGCUCGACCGCUCAUCUCCGAACGCGAAAUGGACCAGGCCCAAGUAUCAGGUACCGUCCUUCCGCCGUCGGAGACCAAGACGUACGCCGAGUUCCAGAAGUCACUGAAGGCGUCCUCAGCUACGACUGUGCCGAGCACGGGCACCGUGGCCUUAAGACGCUUGACGGCAGAGUACCCGUUCGCUGUGCCUGACGCCGAACUGUCAAAAGUGCACGCGGAUAGCGGCGAAAGCGCGACUGUGAUCGAACCGGCAUUGCAGCGGCCGCUCGCGGAGAAAGAAGAGGAAGAGAUCCGGGAGCUGGCCGUGGCCGCCGUCAUGGUGGCCGCCGCGUCUGCAGCCGUGAACGCGCAGCAGCAGCGCGAGAUGUCUGCGCUUCGAGAGCCUUCGGUGACAGGUUCAAUGAUAAGCGCCACCUCCGAAGUCCCGAUCGCUUCUACCGUCGCGCGCGAGAUCCGGCAGAAGCUCGCCGGCGAGCUCGAGGUGUUGCCGAGCGCAUCACGCACCGCGCUCGUCGACGUGCUCGCCGCCGGGCCGCCGCAGGAACCCGAUUUUCCCAACGCCAUCGUGGGGCCCCCUAGCACGAUUUCGACCAGCUGGAGCACGGAGGACGCCGGCAGGCUUCGGCGGCACUCGAGCCGAGACCGGUCGGAGGAGUUCCGAGUGCCGGAGACGCUGGUGCCCGCGCUGGACGAUGAAAUUCACGUGCCGCGACCGACUUCCUUCAACGUUCCCGUCAUCAACAUCCAAUACAACUUCCAUUUCCCGCGCCCUGACUCCCCCGGAGCCCCGGGUCGACAGUCACCGCCAAGCCCAGAGCAAGCCAUGGCCGCCCAGGUGCUCCAAGGAGCGCUGGCCCAGCAGGGAAUGGCGGGGCACAUUCCGGGCCACCACGUUCUCUCGCCCGAGCAGCAAGCUCUCCGGGAGAUGACCGAACGGCUAAACCGAGUCGCGCUCCACGGGUCGGAGCCCUACACCGGACGCCAAAGCCCCGGCAAGGGAACCAUGUUCCGGCCGCUGCCCAGAAAGCCCGUGCCUCCCGUGCCACCGCUCAUGCCUCCGGGCGACGAGAUGUCGGCGGAGGAACGCAAGAGGUUGUGCGGCUUUCGCUUCAUCGUGUGUUUGCUGGCGUUCCUCAUGAUAGUCUUCGUCCUGCUCUACUGCCUCGGUCUCAUAGGAAACAAGCGGUACUUUAUGUAUUAUAGCUGAAGAAACGCCGCCGUAAGAUUCUGGGACGUACAGCGAGUUUCCCCUCGACGGCGACAUGCCGUGAGACGAAGCGCCAAGCUUCGGCGAAACGCCACUUACUGAAGAGUGUGGCAGGUGUUGGACGAGCACCCAUGAAACGCCUCGGAAACGAAGCUCCCUCAACUUCGUUAUCACGCCUGUCCAGCAGCGUGCUCCAGCUCCACCCAGAAGACGCAAAGGAAAUUCGCCAGCAUCUAUAGCCACGGCGAAACGCGGAUGCUCCAAGGCUGGCGCAGAAUCCAAGCUGCAGAAGACCCGGCCUCUAAUCAUUACAGCCGUGCAUCGGUGAACAGCCAUCACGCCGACAGCAAUAAAGUUUCGACGUAAUAAACUGUCACUCUCAAGUCUCGUUACAUCAGCGUUCUCCGUGUGUGUGUGUGCUAGUCUCCAAAAAUGCACGUUACUUGACGAAUUCGUUAAAGCUUCUACACUCCUUGUUCCCUCUAAAAGCUUUCCACGAGGCUGU